AUGGAAGAUUGGCACGCACCCGGCCUGACUGUCGCUAUCAUUGAUGGGGAUAAGACCUGGGCGAAGGGCUAUGGCUACGCGGUUCUGAACUCGACCCCGAUGACGCCCCACACUCUUUUCUACACCGGCAGUACUACCAAGUCGUUCACGACAGCCGGUCUCUCACUUCUCAUUGACAACGCUACUGCCAAUUCCUCCGUCUACUCCGGUCUCACAUGGAAAACUCCCGUCUCCAGCAUCUUCCGUGACGAUUUCGUCCUCAGCGACGAUUGGGCAACGGCGCACAUCACUGUCGAGGAUGCCCUUAGCCACCGGACGGGCUACCCGCGUCAUGACCUGGCGUCGGCGAAGACUACUUGA